AUGUCGGAACCAGAAGACAAUCAAGGAACCCCGAGUAAGCAAAAAGCUGUGAGCAGUGAAUAUACUCACCAAUCUGCUCAUAUCGUAGGCAAUGAUUCAUGGCAACAAGUUGGGUUGAUGCUGGUGACCAGCUUCAAUUGUGGGUACAUAUUGAGCUUUUCAUUUCUUCAGUUGGCGUGUUUGGGUUGGAAACGGGGUAUCACAUGCCUACUGUUUUUUGGGGUCUAUACUUUUUAUGCCCACUGGCUUAUGGCUGGUUUUCACAUCAUCAAUGGCCAAAGAUUUAUCAGAUUCAGAGAUCUCAUGGGAUAUACCUGUGGAAGAAAGAUGUAUUACAUCACGUUUUACCUCCAAUACUUGGUCAUUCUUCUUACAAACAUGGGUUUCAUUCUCCUUGGGGGAAACGCACUCAAGGCGAUAAACAUGGAAUUCAGCGAGAAUCCUUGGAGGGUCCAAUACUAUAUCGUUCUCACUGGAGCAGCCUUCUUCAUUUUCGCAUUCUGCGUUCCUACAAUGUCUCAUAUGGGAAUCUGGCUCAUCCCCUCUACAGUUAUCACCUUUUUGUAUAUUAUCACACUCUUGGUGGUAGUGAUUAACGAUGGGAAAAAUAACACAAACCGUGAUUAUCGUGUCCCCGGAACCAAAGAAGAGAGGGUGUUCGGAGCCUUUAAUGCAAUUUCAGCAAUUGUUGUGAGCAGUAGUUCAGGAUUAUUACCAGAAAUACAGUCAACUGUUAAGAAGCCUGAAGUGGCAAAUAUGAGGAAGGCUCUCUACAUGCAGUACACUGUGGGGAUAUUGUUUUACUAUGGAGUUAGCAUUGCAGGAUACUGGGCAUAUGGCAAUGAUGUAUCUUCAUACCUCCCCGAUAUGCUAAGUGGUCCGAAAUGGGUCAAGGUUCUCAUAAACGCUGCUGUUUUUCUACAAGCCAUAGUAUCCCAACAUACAUUUGUUAUGCCGAUUCAUGAGGCCCUAGAUACCGGUUCCCUCCUACUGGAUAAGAGCAUUAACUCGCCAGAAAAUCUCAAGAGAAGAUUCUACCUUCGAUUCCUCCUCUUUGCGGGAAAUACAUUUAUGACAGCAGCUAUUCCUUUCAUGGCGGACUUUGUAGCCUUGUUUGGAGCAUUAGCACUCAUUCCUCUAACUCUUGUGUUCCCAAGUUUGGUUUUCAUUAGAGUCAAGGGAAAGACAGCCAGAUUAGGGGAGAACUUAUGGCAUUGGUUCAACAUUAUUGCGUUUUCUUCCCUGGCGCUUGUUGCCACUAUUGCUGCAGUUUAUGAGAUAGUCAACAGUGUUGAAUUAUAUAGUUUCUUUGCAGAUUCAUGA